CUCUUCGUCAAUGAGCUUAUAUAAACGCCAAGAAAUCCCCGUUCUGUAAGUGUUAUGUAACUCGCGUUGAUUGUUAUUAACAUCUGGAAAUGUUGACGAAGAUCGCGGCGAUUAUUUGCCUUCUGCACGUGUCUCGGGGCGAAGACGACGAGAAGUGGGUGUGGAAAAAGAACGAUGCAAGUGCGCGAUAUUCGGUUGUGGAAGAUGGUCCCGGAUCUCACGAUUUUGAUCGUCUUCCUAAUAGACCCGCAGGAAUACAUCAUCAAGGAGCCGGAUUUCCCGAUAGGCCCUUUCAAAGUCGGCCGGGUCACGGAUUUGUCGCAAACGAACGACCUGGGGAUUACUACCCUCCGCGGCCGGGAAGCGGGCCGGGGAUACUGACCGGGCCGAUACCGUCGUGGGUGCGAGAGCCGCCCUUCAAGCAUUACGACAAGUGCAAGUGCGCCGUGAGGUUCAAUUGCAACAGUCCGGGAAUUGCCUACGGACAAUGCGACGUGGGGAAGCAGUACUGCUGCUAUAACAGUAACAAAGACGGAGUCCUCGGUGGCCCGUUGCCGAGUACGCCGAUCCAUUCGCCGGAAAAUGGAGUUUUAGUGGGACCCGGAGGGCCCUUCGAUUAUCCCGACAGGCCGCGUCCACCCUACCAAGGGCCGAACAGCUUCGGAGGCGGCGGUGGCGCUGGCGUGUUAGUUGGACCUGGUGGACCCACAGGCAUUAUCGGGAGACCACCUCGGCCUUACGAUGGACCAUUCAAUAACGGUGGCCCUUACGGAAGACAAAUUGCCACCAAGAAUACCAAAGAUAUUUAGAUGAUUGCCGUCGGUGGAUUUUCCACGCAUUGAGUUACCUACAUUGUAGUCAUUAAACGUAAUUCCAUCACGUUUCUUAAUUGUUAAUUUAAUUGCUUUGUUUAUUAAAUAAAUGUUUUAGUUUGUAAUAAUGAGGUUAAUCGGU